CUCACCCAGUCACUGGCUCGGAUCACAGAUUCUACCUCAUUAUUGGUAAGGUAAAUCAGAAAUCUUACCCGAGAGAAACCAAAUAAAAACCCUAACAGUCGUCCAACCAAAAAGUUUUCUUCUUCCUUCCUUCCUUCCUUCCGAAGCGCACACAGAGAGAGAAGUGAGAAACGAAAAUCGGAUCGGGCUUAAGUAGUUCCGAUAAUGGCUUACGCGUCACGUAUCCUCCUCAAUCACUCCAAGAAGUUGAAGGAUGUUUCCACUUUAUUGCGGCGCGAGCAGGCUGCAUCAAUCCGUUACUUCUCCAGUACUAAGCGUGCAUCUCUGAGCAGAGAAGAUGCUUCCAGUGCCCGUCUUGGCUUUUCACCAGUGGAGAGGAUUACCAGAUGUAGCACUGACAUUGUACCAGUGUCUAUUAGUUUUGCAACUACGAGGACUACACUAAGCAGUACAGUGGGAAGGCCGAGACUUGGACAAGAGUUUUCAUGUUCGAUGCAAUCAGUUAGAGGAUUUUCAUCUGGUUCAGAUUUGCCUCCUCAUCAAGAGAUCGGGAUGCCUUCUCUCUCGCCAACAAUGACUGAGGGUAACAUUGCCAAGUGGUUGAAAAAGGAAGGUGAUAAAGUUGCUCCUGGUGAAGUACUCUGUGAAGUUGAAACUGAUAAAGCCACCGUUGAAAUGGAAUGCAUGGAAGAGGGCUUUCUCGCCAAAAUUUUAAAGGCGGAGGGGUCAAAAGAAAUCCAAGUCGGAGAGGUAAUUGCUAUUACAGUCGAAGAUGAAGAGGACAUUGGAAAGUUCAAAGAUUACACCCCAUCAUCUACUGCUGAUGCCACUCCUCCCAAAGAAGAACUAGCUCCUCCCCCACCAAAGGAAGAGAAGGUAGAACAGGCAUCACCGCCUCCUGAACCAAAGACUUCCAAGCCUAGCCCACCUCCCUCAGGAGAUCGUGUUUUUGCUAGCCCUCUUGCAAGAAAGUUGGCUGAAGACAAUAAUGUGCCUCUUUCAAGCAUCAAAGGUACAGGUCCUGAAGGACGAAUAGUGAAGGCUGAUAUCGAGGAUUACUUAGCUUCAGGUGGUAAAGAAGCUACUGCGAAGCAAUCUAAGGUCACUCAUUCUAAGGUUCCAGCUUUGGACUAUGUUGACAUCCCUCGUUCCCAGAUACGGAAGGUUACAGCCUCACGUUUGGCAUUUUCAAAGCAAACUAUCCCUCACUAUUACUUAACCGUUGAUGCAUGUGUUGACAAACUUAUGGGUUUGAGGAGUCAACUCAAUUCAUUCCAAGAGGCUUCUGGUGGGAAACGGAUAUCCGUCAAUGAUCUUGUUGUUAAGGUACAUAUUACUUGCGUAUACUUGCAAACAAGAUCUUCUGAAAUGACUUGCUAUCUGCAUAUGUUUCAGGCUGCUGCGUUAGCUCUCAGAAAAGUUCCUCAAUGCAAUAGUUCAUGGACUGAUGAUUACAUCCGCCAGUUUAAAAACGUAAACAUCAACGUCGCAGUGCAGACAGAAAAUGGGCUGUAUGUUCCUGUGGUGAAGGACGCAGACAAGAAAGGUCUGUCCACAAUUGGAGAAGAAGUUCGGUUGUUGGCUCAAAAAGCAAAAGAGAACAGCUUAAAGCCAGAAGAUUAUGAGGGAGGAACAUUUACAGUCUCUAACUUGGGAGGACCUUUUGGAAUCAAGCAGUUCUGUGCAGUGGUUAAUCCCCCUCAAGCCGCCAUUCUAGCUGUUGGAUCUGCUGAGAAGAGAGUUGUUCCUGGUAACGGUCCAGAUGAAUUCAACUUUGCUUCUUACAUGCCUGUAACACUGAGCUGUGACCAUCGCGUAGUAGAUGGUGCCAUUGGAGCUGAAUGGUUGAAAGCAUUCAAAGGCUACAUCGAGAACCCUGAAUCUAUGUUGCUUUAAGAGAGAGAAAAAUCACACAAUGACCAAAACACGUCAAAGCUCAUCAUAGGAGUCUAUGAUCUCUCAUUUCUCUGGUUUAAACACUCUGUACCAAUUUAUUUUCUUUGUUUUUUUUUGUACCAAUAAAUAUGGAGGGUUCUAAUUGAUCAUGGGGGGAUGGGUAAACUAAACCCCAUUGUUUAUUUUGUUAAAUCGAAAUAAUAUUUUGAGUUUUAUGAA